CCCCCCCCCCCCCCCCCCCCCCCUCAACUGUCUCUCACGCCCAUUGGACGGAUAAAAUCUCUCUCUCUCUCUCUCUCUAACUCUCAGCUCACUCGUCGCUCUCUCCGCUGGAGACGACUCGCCGGAGGCCGAGAAUGGUUCACCCCAUAGCCGAGGCCAAGGAGAACAGCCUAUUUGGCUCGCUGACGGCGGAGGAGUUCUACGCCCGCCACUCGGUCAGUCAUGGCUCCGAGUUCAUCACCAACUCUCGGGGGAUGAAGCUUUUCACGCAGUGGUGGACCCCACUCCCCCCGGCGGAGCCCAUCGGCAUCGUUGCGAUGGUCCAUGGCUACACCGGUGAGUCCAGCUGGUUCAUCCAGCUCACCGCCAUCCUCUUCGCCGAGUCGGGCUUCGCCGUCUGCGCACUCGACCACCAGGGGCACGGCCACUCCGACGGCCUCAUCGCCCACAUACCGGACAUCAACCUCGUCGUCGACGACUGCAUCUCAUUCUUCGACUCCUUCCGCGCCCGCCACCGCCCGGGGCUCCCUGCGUUCCUCUAUGCCGAGUCCCUCGGCGGCGCGAUCUCCCUCUACAUCACGCUCAGGCAGAAGGGGAAGUGGGACGGGCUGGUCCUGAACGGAGCCAUGUGUGGGAUCAGCGACAAGUUCAAGCCGCCGUGGCCGCUCGAGCACUUGCUCUUCAUCGCCGCCGCCCUGAUCCCGACCUGGCGCGUGGUGCCGACGCGGGGGACCAUCCCGGACGUGUCGUUCAAGGUGGAGUGGAAGCGGAAGCUGGCCCUGGCGAGCCCGAAGAGGACCGUGGCGAGGCCGCGGGCAGCCACAGCAAACGAGCUUCUGAGGGUGUGCAGGGAGCUGCAAGGGAGGUUCGAGGAGGUGGAGGUGCCCUUCAUCAUCGUGCACGGGGAGGGCGACGUGGUGUGCGACCCGGAGUGCGUCAAGGAGCUGUACUCGCGCGCCUCGAGUACGGACAAGACCAUGAGGAUCUACCCGGGGAUGUGGCAUCAGCUGCUCGGCGAGCCGGAGGAGAGCGUCGAGAAGGUGUUCGGGGAAGUGGUUGACUGGCUGAGAUCGAGGGCCGAGCGGGCGGCUGCUGAUGGUGGGCGUAGGGAUUAGGAGCCGGCCGCCGGCGCGUGGGGUUGGGCCAUGGAUUAAAUGGAGGGCGGCGCGUAACAAUAAAUGUACAAAAGUUAAAUAAAAUAUAUAUUAAAUAAAUGAUCUACCGAAAAAAAAAUGUAUUAAAUAAAUGUUAUUGUGAUGUGAAGACAAGUUAUUUAGGCUAUUAGCUAAAUUUGGAUUUCUCAGGUUGCGUAUGGCUCGUGAAAUAUUAGAUUAUAAGGAAUAUUAGAUUACUGAGAAAAUAAACUUUGGAACGUCAGAUUGCCAUGAA